CAAGACAAUUGACGGCUCGAGGGGAAUUUGGGCGCAGGUAUCAGCAUACCUGCGAGUUCUCCCGCCGAAAAGGCCUCUCACGCGCCAGCCCCUUCGCGCGCCCCGCCGCCCAAUCAUGGCGUACGGCAGGAGGGCUACCCGUGACAGUGCGCCAGAGCUUGCCUGGCAUAGGAGAGCCAGAGCAGACCGCAGCAAGACCAUGGCCCUGCUGCAACUUGUCGCCGCCACAGAGUUCUUCGCAGGCCACCACAGUGCCAGUGACAUGUCGUGGAGCCGGCGAGGACAGCGUGACCGAAGCAGGCAGCCAUCGAGACCCCGCAGCAAAAGUCGAUAACGGCAAGAUAAACAGCAUCCAUCAGUGAAAUGUAUGUGGGAAUGUCCAGCCUGCAACCAGGCCAACAAGUGGGAGGCCAAGCGAUGUUCGAAGUGUCACCCGAGCCUCCCAGUCAAGUAUCACAAGCAGCUCGCAUGUCAUAUGCAGUGACAAGCAGAAAGUCCCGCCGUGGCAAAAUCUGAACAGCAAGGGUAGAGCAAAGCUGGCUGUCGAGGGCGACGAUCAGAUCAUGAAUAUCUCGUCCUGCACACUCGAACAAGCAGUCGCACAUCGCAGAUGGCAAGACCCCCUUGAGGACACGCAGGAGCUCGGUGAUUGCUGCAAGGCCCUGGGAGCGAAGCUGUAGAGAUUCGAGCGCCAGAUCCAGUGUUCGCAAGAACUCAAGUUGGACACCCAUCAGGUUGAGGGGCUGCGGCAUGAAUAUAGCGUGGUCUUGCAUCAGCUCACGUUAUCGAGGACAGCCUCUGCCCACGCAGCCAAGCAGCUCAGCCUCAUGAGUCGUACCUCGCGAGUUGCCGCAGCCAGGUUGAGAUCUUACAUGAAGAGCUCGCACAUGCAGAAACACUGCUAGAGCAUUUCCAGGAUUUAGAGGAGACGGAUAAGGAGGAGCGCAGGAUGACGGACAAGCAUGCCCAGCGCACGAACGGAGGGCAUCCCAAAGUUUCUGAAUGCAUGGAUGAUGAUGAAGCAGAUAAUGAGUCGGAGGAUGAAGCGCCACUCGCAGCAGAUGGUGCUUUCAGGCCGCAGAGAGCCUGUCCUGCGGCGCGCGGCAAGCUCAAGAGCAACGCCGACACGCCCGAGCCCAUGCACCAUGCACCGCGUGGAGCUAUGCCGAUGUCGCCCACGGGCCCAGCGGGCGCGGGAACAGAAAUCACCGCGCCGGGGUUCCUCACGCCCACGCAGCAUGCGCAGUCCCAGCUCCUCUCGCAUACCCUGGAUUUCAAGAGCGCCAUGGCUGACAUUCUGAAGCACAAUCCCGAUGUGAGCCCGCGCGGACAGUAGGACAAUAACCAAUUGCAGCAGCAGGUCCUCGACAUCAAGAUCAAGCCAGACAGGCCCCCGCCAUCGCCGUCGUGGAUCAGAACAGCAGGCCGUCACCGCAUGGAUGCGGCCUUCGCGCAGGCAGCGGCAGCGAUGCCCCAGUCAGCUCGGUCAGUCUCACCAAGGCGCCAGACUGGACAGGCCCCGCCACGGCAGACAAAGAUCAGCAGCGACAAGGCGGCGGGCUCGCAACGUGAGCGGCCAGACGAAGAGACAAUCAACCUCGCGGCAGGGGGCGCGGAAGAGGAGGGCCCCCCAUGGAGUUGCCAAAGUUCCGGCCCGCCCAACGGCUGCAUCAGCAGCGCCUGCGGCGUCGACAGCUGCAUCGCCAUCUGAGACCCGGCCGCCGCAUCGCUUUGCCCCCUCCCAACGCGCCGACAUGACCCCGCCCCAGCUGGGCGAGGUGUCAAAUUCGCCCGCGUUGCCUCAGAUCCACGCCCCUCCCCGCCUCCUCCCUCGCCUGUCUAUGCUGCCUCCGACUCCAGCAAACGCCGCGCGGGAUCGGCCUGCGCGCGAGCGUGGGGCGCAUGCACGCACGAACUACAUCUACCAGCCUCAGGAAGCACUCAGGAGCCAUUGGAAUGCUCAUUGCCCA